ACACACACACACACACAUACACCCUUCUUUGACUUAUGAAGGAAAACCCGCUUCAUUCUUUGAGACUAGGUUGAUCUCCUGAUAAGUAUCUAUUAUCUUGCCUGCUUUCACUUAGAUAAUUUCUGUGUGGCUCAAAGAAAUGGGAGUUUGAAUUCAGGUAUUUUCCUAUAGUUUAGUUCAGGAAGAAUAUGCUAGUCUUGUAAAGUACAUCAAUAACUUGCUGUCUGGUUGUCAGGAGCAGAAAUCCUGGACUGAGGAUGAGCAGUCCAGGAAUGACCUCUCCACAGCUGGAGAAAGAAGAGUACAUGCAACGUGUUCCCUGCAGUCCACGAACCAGGGUAGCCCCGCUGGAGCUGUACAGAGCAGUGUGCUGUGGCAGCGUGGACAUUCUCAGGCUGACUCUCCAGGGUGAACUGACAGGAGAUGAACUUGAGCACAUAGCCCAGAAGGCGGGCAGGAAGACCUACGCCAUGGUGUCUGGCCGCUCAGCUGGUCAUUCUCUGGCUUCAGAACUGGUAGAGUCCCAUGAUGGACAUGAGGAGAUCAUUAAGGUGUACUUGAAGGGGAGGUCUGGGGACAAGAUGACCCACGAGAAGAAUAUUAACCAGCUGAAGAGUGAGGUCCAGUACAUCCAGGAGGCCAGGAACUGCCUGCAGAAGCUUCGGGAGGAUAUAAGUAGCAAGCUUGACAGGGACCUAGGAGAUUCUCUCCAUCGACAGGAGAUACAGGUGGUGCUAGAAAAGCCAAAUGGCUUUAGUCAGAGUCCCCCGGCCCUGUACAGCAGCUCACCUGAGGUGGACAUCUGUAUAAAUGAGGAUGUUGAGAGCUUGAGGAAGACUGUGAAGGACUUGCUGGCCAAGCUUCAGGAGGCCGAGCGGCAAUACCAGUCAGACCGUGUGGCUUUUGAGGUCACACUCAGCCAAUACCAGAGAGAAGCAGAACAGAGUAACGUGGCCCUUCAGAGAGAGGAGAACAGAGUGGAGCAGAAAGAGGCAGAAGUCGGAGAGCUGCAGAGGCGCGUGUUAGGGAUGGAGACGGAGCAUCAGGCCUUACUGGCGAAAGUCAGGGAAGGGGAGAUGGCCCUAGAGGAACUUCGGAGCAGCAAUGCUGACGGCCAAGCAGAACGAGAAAAGGCUGCUACCCUGGAAAAGGAAGUGGCCGGGUUGCGGGAGAAGAUCCACCACUUGGAUGACAUGCUCAAGAGCCAGCAGCGGAAAGUCCGGCAAAUGAUAGAGCAGCUCCAGAAUUCAAAAGCUGUGAUCCAGUCAAAGGACGCCACCAUCCAGGAGCUCAAAGAAAAAAUUGCUUAUCUGGAGGCAGAGAAUUUAGAGAUGCACGAACGGAUGGAACACCUGAUAGAAAAACAAAUCAGUCAUGGCAACUUCAGCACCCAGGCCCGGGCCAAGACAGAGAACUCGGGCAGCAUUAGGAUAUCCAAGCCCCCCAGCCCAAAGCCCAUGCCUCUCAUCCGAGUGGUGGAAACCUGAACUUCCUGCCUGGAGAUGGAUGCUGCCGUUGCUGCUGCCUCUGCCUCUGGAGAAGCCCACCGCCCCUGUUGGCUGUUAGCACUGACUUUGACUUCCUGUCUCCUGGCUGCACCCAGGACUUAGGGCUCCUUUGUCUCACCAUUCCCGAGCUCCUUGCCACCAUAUGCUGGGCAGAUGGAGCACGAGCACGUCUUCAAGGCACUGCAGCCCUUUGGAAGACAUUGUCCUGUGAGCAGGAGCCAGGGCACUGUCUGUAUUCCUAUAGUGACUAUUUUUCCUCUGUAGAGAGCCUCCCUUCUGUUGUAGACUGGACUCUGGCUGCCCCAGAAGCCAGGCCUUCAUCUGGUUGGGAAAGGUGACAAGAUUUGCCUCAGCCCUAAAAGCUGGAGACACAGAUGUCCAGAGUGAUUGGAGAAUGUCCUGGGGGAAUGAAGUUCCUUCCAGAAACACAGCUCAGUUCUUAGCAGCCUAUGCUGCCCUGGCCUCCUGCAGACAGAUAGUGGGGCUACCUGGUAAGGCCUGGACAGAGCCAGUGAACCUAAGCUUUGGGUGGCCUUGUGUUUCUGGGGAGUAGCUUUUUGCAGAAAGAUUCUCCAGGACUACAGACAGUUAUGUGCGACUUCUCUCUGCUGUGAAAACUCCCAGCGUCUCUUUAGGGAUGUUCCCUAAGGACCCACCACAAGGCACACCUUGGUCUUCUCGGCCCAGAGCCUAAAAAUUGUUUUCACUGGAUUCCACCAGUUCCAGCAAAACCAUCAUUGUAUGUAUUUUGCUAAGUUGUUGGUGGUUUUGCUUACAUCUCAUGACUGUUAUAAUACCAAAGUUCUGUAGCCUUCUCUUGCAGUGUUUGGAUUUGCUUGAAACCAGGAAAACUGUUCCCAUUAGGGUUGUUAAUGUCAGAGUGACACUAUUAUAAAUCUUCCUCUCCUUCCUCCACCUGUUUCUUCUCCCUUUCUCCUUCAAACUUGAUCUGCAGCUCAGGAAGGUAAGUAUACUUUCCCUGAGGCCUUGGGGUCAGAGUGUAUGUUGUUUGGAGAAGGAGACCCAUCAGGACUCUUGUGAGGCCCAGAUGAGUUCUUCACUAGCCCUUCUGAACCCCUUGCUCCAUAAUCGGUCUUUUAUCCUGGAUCUGAAUGACCCUACAGGUCAUCAUGUUUGUUUGUUUUUUCUUUUGAGACAGAGUCUGUCUCUGUCAUCCAGGCCGGAGUGCAGUGGUGCGAUCUCAGCUCACUGCAACCUCCGCCUCCCGGAUUCAGGCGAUUCUCCUGCCUCGGCCUCCUGAGUAGCUGGGAUUACAGGCGCAUGCCACCACACCCAGCUAAUUUUUGUAUUUUUAGUAGAGAUGGGGAUUUCACCAUGUUGGCCAGGCUGGUCUCGAACUCCUGACCUCAGGUGAUCUGCCCACCUUGGGCUUCCAAAGUGCUGGAAUUACAGGCUUGAGCCACUGCGCCUGGCCCAUCAUGUUUUUCUUUAGGGCUCUUCCUACAGCCUUGAGAAGUAGAUAAGCAUCAGAGUAUGGUAUUACAGGAAUCAGAAAAAUUCAAAACAAAUGUGGAUUAAGUGUUUAGGCUCUAUGUGGCUCACAACCGGAAGCCUUAAGUCUGUGUGUUUCUGUGGCUCAGGACUGGGCUCACAUUCUGGCUUUGUCCCUAACAAUGCUCUGGGACUUCAGGCGUUCCUCAUUUAUAAAAUGAGGGGUUCGGAGCAGGUGAUCUCCAUGUUUCUUCCCCUUUUGAUAUGUUUGCCUGUGGCAUAUUCUUGUAUGGUGAGUUUAAUAAAUUAUGUUAAUGUGUCUC